AAUGGAACCACAGUUCGAAAUAAAUCAAUCUAUCUAAUUUCAAUUAUGUCAUACCUAAUCAUGUUGGAAUAAUGGAGUUGUAAAUACAUCAUAUCUAUAUAUUUUAGAUCACAACCAUAUUCACAAAUACAACACCUAUUCAAUAUGUAGUUCAAACAUCAAAUAACGAAAAGUAAUCACUUUCAUUUAUUUCAAGACUCUAUUUAAAUGAACAUUAAAUCAAGGCAAUCAAUUCUGUUACAAAAACACAUUAAGUCUCUUAUAAUAUUGAAUUCUAACGAAUACUAUCAUAAUUAAUUAUGCAAAAAAAUGAAGAUUAAUUGAUUGAAGAAGUAAAUUAUUCUUAUUAUAUUUCUUAGUUGAAAUCUUUACUUAAACGUAUAACACCAUAAUAAGUUAUGUAAGAAUAAAAUGGAGGCAAGAUAAUUUACACUACAUAUCAAUUUCUAAUAAUGAGAAAACCUUCAAUUAUAAGAAAUCAUCCAUUUGCUUCAACGAAUCUAGUACUUAAAUAAUUAAAGAAACUAAUUUAUGCAAUCAAAUAAGAAGUACUUAAAAAUGUAUAAAUUUAAAUUUACAAUUAGUCGAACUUAAUUAAAUUAUAAACACAUUCCAAUUUAAAUUCAGAUUCAUUUAAGCAUAAUAAACUUAAAAAAUAAUUACAAAAAUAAUCACGUAAAAUGACUUAAAUAUAUGAUGACUCUGAAAAAGAAGAAUAACCUACUGCCUUCUAUGCCAAUUUAUGUAUAUAUUAAAUAUUAUAUUACAAGUACCUAAUAAAUCAGCAUUUCGACCAUAUAAAUCUGAUUCUAUGAAUAAUCAAUUUGAAUAAUUAUCUAUUUAAACUAAACCAUCACCUAAAAUCGAUUAAAUUAAAACAAUCUAUUUCAAACCCAUUAUUAUAUAAGGAUUGCUAUGUUGA